AUGAACACAGGGUUUACUUUUCCCGCUGCGAGCAGCGACACAGCUGAUAAAGGAGCAGCAGAACAGCAGCAUGGAUUUAGAUUUCCGGUGACAGAGGAGGGCAAGCUCCCGGCCGAGGGGCUGAAGAUUGAUAUCCCGUCGGCGUUUGGGGGAGAGGGCGCGGAGGAGGAGGUCGCGGAACCGGGGACGCCACUAGAGGAGGCGGAGGACCCAGUGGCUGUGGUACCGGUAGCACCGUACGAAGACUACGUGGAACCGCCCACGAAGAGCGCGCACAUGCACCAGCUAUCAGACCCCGUUCCGACGGAGCCCAGCUCUGCGACUAGCAACCGGUCGUUUGGCCACGAGUACGCGAUGCAUAUGAGACAUAAGCUGGCUACUGAUUGGAAGAGCCCGUCUGAGUACGCGCUGCACAUUCUGUUUACGAAGUUUGUGCGACAUGCAGAGACGAAGCUGAACAUGUGUCUGCAACCGCCUCUGGAAUUCGAGCCAGUGAUCGUGGACAUACUGGGGGAAGGCGUGGAUCCCACGUUUGACAAGAUAAUUAGCUCGCUGGGGUACAUAUCGCGCAAGAACCCCAAGCCCGUCAUAGGCGCGAUGAUGUUCUGGCGAAAAACUAAGUCCGAGGUAGCUGCGGUAGCCGCUGAGAAUGUCGAAAAGCUGCUGCGUGAGUACGACCAGUAUCAGCAAGAGACGCACGGAACCGUGGAUCAACCGACACCCCCUCUGACUUUUCCAAAAUCUACCGCGCAGGGCGCGUCCUCGGGCCAGAGGUUAUCCCACAAGCGCAACAACUCCACGAAAUCGUCGAAAUCGUCUCGAUCUUCGAAUACCAUAUGCAUUGAUCCCAAAUUGCGCUCGUUAGACCAGCAGAUAGAGGUAGCCAAAGAGCUGGCCUUCCAAGCCGACAGAAAGUCACUCAUCAGCAUAUACAUACUGUGUUCAGUUCUGAUAGAAAUUGUGAAGCAGGUUCCGGACGAUGCGGAUAGCGACUUGAGCGAUAAGCUGGAAGAGAUAGUAUUCACUCAACUGAAGACAACUGAUCCGAUGUCGAUUUCUUCAAGCAUAAUAAAAUCUUCGAAUUGGAACGCCUUUGCCGAAUUACUGGGCUGCAUGUCAGAGAGAAAGUUCAUUUCGGUUAGUGACAGGUUCAUAGCAGAUCUAGAAAACAUUCCUUCCAUGGUUUCGCGCGAAAUGGAAUCUUCGAUACAUCUCCUCAUUUUGGGCAUGAGGUACCUAAAAUUACGAAAUUAUCCGCUAGAAGCGUUUGAGGAGAGCGCGGACUUCAUUAAGUCUAUCGCGAAAUUCUUUUCGCGGUCACAAAAUUUCUCUAUAAAGCUUGCUUAUGCCGAGGUCAUCACUCAAUUGCUACUACCUCUCGUCGGAUCUGUGACUGCUGAAGUUAACCACCCAACUUGGGUAGAGGCUAUGACUACUAUUUUGGCUACAUGCAAGAAGUUGAUGGCUGAUAGUAGGUACUGGGCUAGUUCUUUCAUGUUAACGGUUGCAGUUUUGUGUGUGUCACCUCAUGAACUAUUUGCCCAAAAUUGGAUGACCCUAGUUGAGAAAAACAUUUCGAAGAUUAAAUCUAAAAACCUAAACGACCUUAUUAUUUUUGCAGUCGGUCUCUCCAGACUAGUGUGGGUUUAUCUGUUCAGAUGCACUGAGACAUUGAACAAUACAGAACGGACUUUAAAACAGUUACUUGCUUCAUUCCUGAGUAACAAGAAAAAGGAUCUAUGGAUAACAGCGGACAUGGACUUGAUCAAUCCUUUAUGUGACGUGUUGGUCACCAUUGCUUACUUGUACCCAUCAUUCAUAUUAGAAACAUUCCUCAUACCGCUGGUUAAAAUGUCUUUCAACGGUAAUAGCCUGGACAAUUUGAAUUACGAAAAGUUACUUCUUGCAAUAAAUGCAUAUAGGGGAAUACUGCUAACUAAAGAGAGACCUGAAUUUCCUGAAAAUGAGAGCAGAUUCUAUGAAGUUUCUUUAAACAACAUUAGCUUCCCCACAAAUGCUGAUAUCAUGGCCGAUCAUGAAGAGUUAUGGAAAUAUUUUUACAGUUUGUUUCUACUGCUAGAUUCUUCAAUUGGAUCUGAGGUAUGGUCCCCAGAGAAUGAUCACCACCGGCAGGCCUCGACUCCGUUCUCUGGGAUUUCUUCCUUUAGCUUCAGCUUUGGUAACGACAACAACAGUAAUAGUAAUAAGCACAUGAAUGUGGCUAUUUUUGCAACGCUGAUUGAAACUAUACCAUGCUGCCUAUGUGUGUCGUCGAGUCUCCCAUUCAAGUCGACAAUUGAGAUAUUAGCCAGGAAUGCUGUCCAUGGUGACCUGUUAAUUGCCACAAGUGCUCGGAAUUCUUUGAAGGCGCUUGCUUCUAAGACGAAUCCCUAUACUCUUAUCACUUGGUUUGCCAAAUACUCUUUCGAUUUUGAUGAGAAAACUCAAUCGAGAUACACUUUGGCUUACCUAUCCUCUUCUGAAUAUGAAAACCUUCUCGUACUAUAUGUUGAACUACUGGAAUGCUGGUUAGAAAGUUUCAAGGCCGCGAAUAACGAGAAGAAACAACAAGAAACAGGGUUAGAUGGGAUCGAGUUACCGUUCAAGGACACUGACCCCAGUGAUGCUUCCGAAAAUGAAAAAAUAGAAUGGAAAAAUAUUGCCACUGUUAUCGAAGAUGUCGAAGGUAAUGGCUUAUUCUUCCUUUGCUCGCAUGAUCCUGCAGUUCGCCGGUUGGCUUUGCAGAUCCUAAAAAUAACCUCCAACUUUGACGAAGUUAUCCUAGAAAAAACAGGCAGAUUUGAGCGACAGCACUCUCGAACGAAAUCUACCUUUGUAGCUGAACGCGGUACACGUUUAAUUGACCUAUUGCAAACUUUGAACGUUGUGAAAUUACUUGAACCUGAGAAGGGGUAUCUGAGUGCAGCAGAGAAGGCGCGCUUGAAUAAGUUAAACAACAAAUUGAAGAACGGAACGCUUAUUAAAAUAUGCACAUCCGAAUAUGGUGUUGACGCUGCUUUAUGGCAACGCGUUUUCCCAAAACUUUUGAGUACUAUAUUCAUUUCUUCUCCUGUAACGAUGGCAUUGUGCAGGUCUAUUGUAUGCAUUCGUUUGGUCCAGAUUCAUGAGAUUAUUUUGUCAAUUGUGAACAACUCGUCUACUAAGUCAACUGAAUUUGUCCCAGAGACUGUCAAUCAAUGGAAGCUGUAUUUGAUUGUGGCAUGUACCUCUCUAACGUCUACAAAUGACCAAAAGCUUCAUAUUCCAUCUUCCGAUCGCUCCCAUGGUAGGAACAAAAGCCAACAAAUAUUUACUGUUCAACAUCAAAAGAUAAAAUCGGCUACUUCAGUAUUCAAGAUGGUACUCCCUCUUUUGAAUUGUAAACAGUCUUUUAUUAGGGAUGCUAUAAUUAUUGGCCUCAGCUCCAUGAAUGUCAAUAUAUACAAAGCUUACAUCCAAAGUAUUGAGAGGCCGCUGGUAUCGUGGAAGUUAGAUGACAAUAAAAACCUCAUGAGAGUUGAAAUGAUGCAUGUCUUGGUUAUUUUAUCACCAUUCCUGGAGCACAGUUUGAUAGCAAAUGAUGAGUGGAUAUUAAGAAAGCUUUCUCUAUUAUUGAAAGAGACUAAACAGUUCCUUGAGUCAAAGCAGGUCCAAACGUCUUUUACAUAUCAGUCAUUGCGCCGUUAUUUUGCAGGUUUUGUUGCGAGUUUCUUCAAUGCGGUAAAACACCAUGCCCUCAGAGACGAACUAUUCCCAUUCGAGGCCAGAGCAUCUUGUUUUAAUUUCUUGCGAGAAUGGUGUGGACAUGGUCAGUACUCUGAGAUAUCAAAGGAGCGGUAUGCUAUAAUGUUCCAACAGGAGGAGAAGAACAGAACGCUCUUUGCUGCUGCAAUGGAGUUUCAACGCUCAAAGCUCGAAAGCGUAAGUUUGGAAAGUAUGAUUAUCUUGUGUUCUGACACAAUCACCAAAGUUAUCAACGAUGGGGACAACUCUAUUCAGAUAUCGUUUGAUACAACAGGUUUGUUAUACUGGAUAGACUCUUUAUUGAAUUCCGACACCGAGAAGGUUAGGCUUCUUGGUGUUCGGGCACUCAAGAAGUUGCUGGAAAACAACAUGGAUAAUAAAAGACUAUAUUCGGACGUUUUGGCGCAAUGUGCUAUUCCAACAGACGAUGCUGUCGUCCGUACCUAUUACUAUAAUACGCUUUGCGAAUGCCUCUUGCAAAUGAAUGAUAUUAACUUGCCCGAGGAUGACCUAAUAGCACUCGGUUUGUAUGGUAUCAUUAGUGACCGAAAGGAAAUGAGGUCCAAUGCGAUUGAUGUGCUAUCAUUGGUAGAAACUGCAAUUCAUAAUUCCUCUUACGCAAAAGUUUUCAAAGAGAGGUUGGCAAAUGAAUCUAAAACCGUAUACAAAUCUACCGCGAAGGAAAUAUCGAAUGUUUUUGCAGAGCUGCCCUCACAAGAGAUGCGACUGCAGUUAUUUUCUAAGAUGGCAAAACGGUUUUCAGUACUAUCUUCGGAGUUGAAGCAAGAUAUACUCAUUUUGUUACUUCCCUGGGUUCAUAAAUUCGUGCUGAAAUCUUUCGAUGAUGUUGACACUUAUAUGGUUCUAACUAAUUUGGUUGCCAUGACCAUUGAAGCAAACUCUCGAUAUCCAAUGGAGAUCGAACAGCUGUGGAUCUCUUUGGGAAAGGGAAACGCAUUCCAGAAUAUUCACGUUGCCCUGGAUUACAUAAUGGCAACAUCUGUGGCUUAUUGUAAUCCGGAAUAUGUCAGAAGGGCGAUGGAUAUCGUCCUUUAUCUCGCUAAUGUUCCUGGGGGAAUAGGUGUGGUAGAUAAUCUGAUGAAAAAUUUGAAACCAAAGCAUAUGGUUCCAAAUAGAAAAUCAAAUCCAACAUUCCCUGAACUUGGUGAGAGAUAUGUUUUUGUUGCACAUAUUCCCAAACUUCUCAAAUUUAACGGCAAGGAUGUUAUGUUCUCUAAAGCUCAGUUAUCUGUCAUCUUCCUCGUCAAUUUAUUGACGAUUCCGAAUGAGGCGUUGGAAUCGAAGUUGCCUCUUCUACUUCAUAUAUGUGUGUCUUUCUUGGAUCACUACGUUCCGAUAAUUCAAGAGAGCGCUUCAAAACUAUUAUGUGAUUUGAUAUAUGGCCUUGCACCUACUCAUCCUAAAUCUGCAGAAACGGUGCAACUAAUUAAAAGUCGGAACGGCUUAUGGUCUUACGAUAAUUUCCUGAAGGAUAAAAGUGCUGUAAGAUCACCAAAACAAAUGGAUUAUUUGAUUCGGAAUAUUGUGGAUAUUUUCAGCCACGUGGAUUCAUUAGCGAUUAACUGGCAACGGACAGCUUUGAAGUGGGCCACAUCUUGUGCGGUGAGGCAUAUUGCAUGUCGUUCUUUUCAGGUGUUUAGGUCUUUAUUGAUAUUCCUGGAUCAGGAAAUGUUGAGAGAUAUGCUACACCGUUUAUCUAAUACAUUGGCUGAUGAAAACGCAGAUAUUCAAGGCUUUGCGAUGCAGAUAUUAAUGACGUUAAAUGCGAUAACAGUCGAAUUGGAUGCAUUAAAACUGAUUGACUUUCCCCAAUUGUUUUGGUGCGUGGUCGCUUGUUUAGGGAGCGUACAUGAACAGGAGUAUAUUGAGAGCUUGAAUACGCUUUCAGUAUUUGUAUCAAAAAUUGACUUAGACUCACCAGAUACAGUUCAAUGUUUAACAGCCAUUUUCCCAUCUAAUUGGGAGGGCAAAUUUGAGGGGUUGCAAAAAAUCAUUCUGACCGGUUUACGCUCAUCAGAUUCAUGGGAAAUCUCUUUGGAUCUUCUUGACCGUUUAAAUUUGCUUUAUGAUUGUCAGAUUACUGCAGAGCCAGAUACAAGAUUACUUUUUGCUCUUCUCGCAAACUUGCCCCGCUUUUUACAAGCAAUGGAUACUAAGAAAUUCGGUGGUAAAAUUAAAACAGCAUGUUCAUCAAUUAUUUCGUUGGCUAAUGCUUCUGACCAGCCUUCUCUAGCAAGGUUAGUUGACUCUCUUCAAAAAAAUAAGUUCCGUUCGAAGAAAGAUUUCAUGAGCCAAAUUGUAAGCUUUAUCUCACGGAAUUAUUUCCCCAAUUACUCUGCUGAUACACUAGUGUUCCUGCUAGGUCUACUAUUCAAUAAGAUAGGUUGGAUUAAAGUUCAAACUAUGGAAAUCUUAAAGUUUAUUUUUCCCUUGGUGGAUUUGACACGUCCCGAGUUUACUGGCGUUGGUGCGGACUUAAUUUCUCCUUUACUAAAACUGUUAUUGACGGAGUAUGAACUGCAGGCGCUGGAGGUUCUAAAUUCUGUGCAGAAUGUGUCUGGUAGCAAACUAGAUAAAGAGGUACUGAGGAUAAGCAUGGGAAAUAAAGAUGCGAAAAAUUUUUACGCAAAGACAGCUACACUGUUCGGAAUUCCUGACGAAAGUGGAUGGUCGAUUCCGAUGCCCUCAGUAGCCGCAGCUACAACUAGGCACAACGUCCACGCAGUUUUUACUACUUGUUCUGUACCGGUAUAUGGUGAGCCGGCAGAUCCAGAAGCGGAAAAGCUGGAUGAUAUCCUUGAAUUUCAUGCAGAUGGUGGAUAUGGUCAAUAUUCCGGUGAAGUAACCGAUAAUAUUUCAGUCGCGGAGGAAAAAGAGGCCACAUUAAGUCUGAUGUGGGCCGAAUUAGAUAAUUUGGACAGUUUUUUCACCAAGGAAGCUGCAGCGGUACCUGAGUCAGACCUAGAAUCGCUAGAUUCGAAGAAUCCGCAGCAUACGCCAUCUAAUUCUAUGGAUACAGCUACAUUAGAGAACAUUGGAGGUCUGGAGGCUACGCAUCGUUUGUAUGAUAAAAAGGUUUCAAAAAUUCUUAACCGUACGCUGACCAGAACUCCAUCGAAUCUAUCCUUUAAAGCUAACUUGGCUGACUCAUUUGGCAACAAUCUAAAUGAUGGACUUUCAAGUACUGGAAAUAUGCGAUCGACGUAUCGAACGUCAAUAUAUGGUUCACGGCACGACAUGAUACCGCAGACCCUAAAGUCACCCCAAUCUACUCGUUCUCCAACGCACGGCAUGCUUGGCCACAUGUCACCAAGCAGAACGCGCGUGCCGGACUCUCCCCAAGAAAGUCUGUUCCGAUUUGAAGGUUUAUUACGAAACCCUCAUAAGAAUAAGAAGAAGUGGUUACAGCAGCAGCAGCAGCAGCAGCUUUUAGCGCAAACGAUCCAAGAGCAGGUCCCCUAUUGA